AAGUUACGUUCCCCAUACCAUCAGUUGGCAAACGAUAACAAUAAACAACCCUGAAACAAGAGACACGCAACAGCGGAACCUGCGGCUCCAAUUCGACACACACGUACCGAAACUAUGAGCCGAGACGGCCUCGAACGGCCGGAGAAACGUCCCGUCGACUAGCGGGCGAGUCCCGUCGGUCCUGACAACGGGGUUUUCAAGCUUUUUUGCGGCACUGCUUUGGGGAGAACUAUAACGCUACAGUCGCGGUCUACCCCCCUCCUUCCUUCCGUAGCCCCCUGCGGUAGCUAGCCGCGGCUCAUUCCCCGUGUUUCGCACACUUCGGCUCCAGUCUGUUAUGCAGUUGCCGGCGGGCCGCAGUCUCACUCGUUCUCCUCCGCCGGCUCGUCGCUCCCUCUCCCCGCUCCCCGCGGCCCCAUGUCUCGCUGGCUCUUCCCCUGGCCCGGCUCCAUCAAGAAGCGGGCCUGUCGGUACCUCCUGCAGCACUACCUCGGCCACUUUCUGCAAGAGCGCCUGAGCCUGGACCAGCUCGGCUUGGACCUCUACAACGGCAGCGGUGUCAUCAAGGAGAUCAACCUCGACGUCUGGGCGGUCAAUGAGCUCUUGGAGACCCUCGGGGCUCCUCUGGAGAUAGUGGAUGGCUUUGUGAGCAGCAUAGUGGUGACCAUCCCCUGGCAAGCUCUACUGACGGAUCACUGCACCUUAGAGGUUUCUGGUCUUCAGAUAACAUGUCGACCCAAGUACCGAACCAGUGGGGGUUGGGACUCCCAAGGCUGGUCAUCGAGCAUGACCUCCAGCAUGCAGCUGGCUCAGGAGUGCCUGAAGGACCCCCCCGAGGCGUCCGAGGAGCCGCCUGCCCAGCUGGAGGGGCUUGAGAUGUUUGCCCAAACCAUUGAGACAGUCCUUCGUCGCAUUAAAGUCACCUUCAUAGACACUAUCGUUCGCAUCGAGCACCAGCCCCUGGACCUGGAAACAGGCGUUGCCUUAGAGGUGCACAUCAAACGACUGGAGUACUUUGACGAGGCGGUGCGGGAUCCAGCCAGCCACACUACCGUGCCUGUUGACAUCCACCAGCCACCCGCCUUCCUGCACAAGAUCCUCCAGCUGAGCGCCGUCCAGCUGUUCUACGACAGCACCGGCACCGCGCAGGGUUCCCAUGAGAAAGAUCACCCUGUAUCGGCAAUGGCAAGUGAAGGAGAAGGAGAAGAAGUAGGAGAGGAGGAGGAGGACGAGGAGGAUGAGGAUGAAGAAGAAGAGGAGGAGGAGGAUGAAGAGGAUGAGGUGGAGGAGGAGGAGGAGGAGGAAAAAGAAGAUGGUGAUGACGAUGAAGCAGAGGAGGAGGAAGAGGCAAAGCCUUUGAAAUCCCCUCCCCGCUCUCCGUCUCAGCCGCUGCUCAUAGGGAGCUGCUCCGGUUUCAUAGAGACCACCGUCAAAAUUAAACAGAACGACAUGCUGCCUGGACCAAAGCUGGAGUUGGAUGGGAAGGUGGGCUGUGUCCACAUGCUGCUGUCUCCAAAUCAAAUUACCCACCUGACAGACCUGCUGGCGGCCCUCUGCAUAGACACCGAGACCGAUAAUAAAUUUGGCGGCGCGCUCAGUCGUCCGUUGGACUCAGACGACCUGCGUAUGAUCGAGCAGGACCUCAGUAAGCAGCUGGGCUCCAGUCCCAGAGACACGGAGUGGGAGACCGAACCCGACCUGGAGCCCUUCGUCACCGCCCUGGACAAUGGAGAAAUGUUUUUCUCCAUGGGUCCUGGUGGAAUGACCAGUAGCGCGACGUCUGUACGCUCCGGCAGCGAGUUGUCAGACAGUGACAUGGAGUCAUCCACACACUCCACACACAGUAUGGCCAGCUUCACACAGGGCAUGGGGAACGGUCCCAGGAGGUAUCCCGUAGCAGGCGCCCUGUCGAGUCUGCCCCAGUCGAGCGGCCGGACCAGAGGACGCUCACACAGCGGCCAGUCGGAGCAGCUGAAGCCGGACGCUUUGUUGCGUCUGAGUCUCGGCGGGCUCACCCUAACCCUUCUGCAGGAGGACCCGCCCUCCGAGCCCCACGGAGCCGCCUCAUUGGCUCAGGUGUCUCAGGUGUUCUUCCGGGAGCUGGCCUUCUUCAAGGACAGCAUGUUUAGUGAGCGAGACUUUCGCCAUCUGAGAGACGGCUUUGCCAAGGCCUGCCCACACUCCCACCUCAGAGUGACCAGCGCCGCAGUGCAGGUCGCUUGCGAAAUGCGCAGCGGCAGAGGCCACAGUCGGGCUGUGACCUCUGACCUUUCCUUCAGCAGACUGGAACUGAUAGAGUUCCUCUUGGAGGACGGAAAGCCUCAGUACAGUGAGUUGCUUCAGUUCCAGAAAGCUGGUAUGUUCACAGUUGGAGCUGCAGCCAGACCAUGUGCCCAACUACACUACAGCCUCACGGAAAAACACCUGCGGAAAGGUAGACAGCGGGUGGUGCGGCGGGACAGUGUGGUGCGGGUGGAGCUGGCAGAACUGAGCACCGAGCUGGACCUGGACAUCCUCAGUCGCCUUGGGAAGUUGAGCAAAGCUUUCAGCUACUGUCCCACGCAGACAGCUGGACCUGGACCCAUGCAGACCCAGAGCACCGAGCUGUGCUCCUCCUUCACCCUCCUCUCCCCCCACGCCGUCCUCAGGCUUCGUUUCCCCAUACCCGACCUCAGGCCCCUCCCUGUGCGUCGACCUCCGACCCAGAGGGCGGUGCGGCAGGAGACGCUGGUGCUCGAGCUGUGCCAGCUGGAGCUAAAGCACCAGGAGGCCCCGGACCUCCAGAGCGAGCAGACCGCUCCGGGACAGCCGUGGGCUCCGUGUCUCACCCAGCUGCUGGAGGCCUCGUUCAGCGACCUGCACGGGUCCUACGAGGGCUGGGAAGGCGGCUCUUUCCCCUGUAUCAGAGUAAAGAAGAACCGCGACUCUCUUCCAAGGAUAUCCGUGUGUGUGCGAGGAGGAGAAACUCAGGGCCCGGCUGCAGGUCUGGACGGGGUGAACCUCAUCAGCGACCUGGGGUCCGCCUUCUUCGAAAGUCACUGUGAAAUCAACGACAAAACCAGCUCCCCGUUCUCCUCCAACCGCACCAUGUUUGAGACUGAGGAGAUGGUGAUUCCAGCCGACCCAGAGGAGAUGCGUCAGUUUCAGGCGCAGUGCGUCGCUCAGUGCCAGUGUGCAGUGGACAUCAACCUGCCGCUGGCCUACAUCCUCCUUCCCAGCAAACAGGCCUUCCAGAGCUUCUACAACAGGAUCAAUAAUGAUCUGCUGAUGUGGGAGCCUCCUCCCCCCUCAGCCCACAGCCCCAACCACAGCCGCCAUCACGACGAGUUCCAGCUCUGCAAGUCUGCCUUUAGACUGGACUCGGAUUCAGAAGAAGACGAGCCUAACUUCUUUAUGGCCAGUGAGUCCUCUGGAAAGACGCAACAGUCGGCUCCUCGCCCCAACCACAACCUCAGCCUCCUCUCCCUCUCUGUGAUUAUCGGCAAAGGCCGUCUGCAAGCCCGAACCGACAAGAAGGAGGACCAGAGUCACGGGGAAAUUGUGCUCGACCUGGAUGGGGGGAAGAUAUUCAGUGUGGCACAGCACCAGAACGACCCCAAUCUCAAUUUCCUGUGUAUAGAGAGCAGACGAGUGGAGCUCUACCAUCGAGCUGUAGUGAAAGACGCCCCCAUUCCACAGCGGUUGGAGAUGCCCAACUUCUCCCCCCCGAAGCACUUGGACCCCACCAUCUACCCUACAGAGGUGGGGGUGAGCAGUGUGAGCGGCAAGGAGGGCGGGCUGCAGAUGUUGUCCACAGCCAUCAAAGUCACACUGGACCCACAGAGGAGUGUUAAGGAGUUCCUAGUUGCCCUUCGACUUCACGGUGCCACCAUGCGACAUUACGUGGCGCAGACUAAUCACAGCUGGCAUGAGCAGCUGGUCGACUUCCUGGAUGUGAUUGAUGAUCCCAUUCUGGGAUACACAGCGCCUGCCGUCAUCACUGUUCUCCACACACACCUCGCUACCUGUGCUGUCGACUACAGACCUCUGUAUCUGCCUCUGCGCGUGUUGUUCACAGCAGAGUCCUUCUCUCUGUCCAGUAACAUCAUCGUAGACACCGCCACCUUCCACCUCAGAUUCAUCCUGGAUGACUCUGCUCUCUACCUCUCUGACAAAUGUGAGACUGACACCGUGGACCUGAGGAGAGACUAUGUGUGUGUUCUGGACAUUGACCUGCUGGAGCUCGCCAUCACCACUUGGAAAGGCAGCGACCCAGGCAAGCUGUCUCAGCCCCUCUUCGAGCUCCGUUGCUCCAACAAUGUGGUUCACGUUCAUACCUGUGCAGAUUCCUGCGCUGCCCUGGUUAAUGUGCUGCAGUACCUGGUCUCCCAGGGCGACCUGCACCCCCCACCGCGACACACCUCACCCACUGAAAUCGCCGGCCAGAAAUUACCACUGUCAGAAAGUCCUGCGGCGUUGCUGCCCUGCCCUGCGGCGGAAACCGCAGAGAUCAACCAGUAUGACCUGGCAGAUGCCUUAAUCGACACGGAGAAGAGCCAGCAAGAAGAGGGUUUGGAUCCAGGUUCCCCUUCCAUGCUGAGAGGCUCUCCGGUCUCUGUUUAUUUGUUCCCCGGUGAAGCUUCCAAGCGCACACCCACCGUGCUGCAAAGUGAGGACUCUGAGCUUGAAGGACUUGUUGCCAUGGCAACAGAGGCACAGGCAGACAUGAUGUCUGAUGAAGGCUCCGAGGGCUCCACCGACAACGAUGACUUUUGCAUCUUGGAGGCUCCCGGGAUGGGCAUUCUCCCCAGGGACGGGGAGCCCGUGGUGACGGUGUUCGCUCAGGGGCCCAUCAGGGUGAAGGAGAGUCACUUCUCACGCCCUCGAGGGAGCUCAGACCUGCUCAGAGCGCCCAGCCGCUUCCCAGUGCCCCAGAGCAGGGUGGUUCUGCGGGAGAUCUCUGUGGUCUGGCAUCUCUACGGGGGGAAGGACUUCGGCGGCAAGCCCAUGUCCGUACAUGCCCAGCACGCAAACCGGGCUCGCUCAGUUCCUGCUGGUGUUCGUGGGUCCCCGUCUCGCUCUGUUGCUCCUUCUCGUCCCCAGAACUCGUGGCGCUGGGCUGGAGGCAGCGGGCGGCAGCAUACGCUGCUGAUGGAGAUCCAGCUGACCAAGGUGUCCUUCCAGCACGAGUCCUAUCAAGUGGCGGUGGCGGGGCCGGGUGGAGAAGUGCCAGUGGCGGUCGGUGUCGGCCCCGACGGCGAGCAGCCUCUCUCCAGACAGGUGUUCAUCGUCCAGGAGUUGGAGGUUCGAGACCGACUGGCCUCCUCACAGCUCAACAAAUUCCUCUACCUCUACACCAGCGAGAGCAUGCCUCGGAGAGCCCACUCCAACAUGCUAACGGUGAAGGCGCUGCAAGUUUGUCCAGAGUCUGGCCUCGGGGGCCCCGAGUGCUGUCUGCGAGUCAGCCUGCUGCCUCUACGACUGAACAUCGACCAGGAUGCACUAUUUUUCUUGAAGGACUAUUUCAGUAAUCUAGCUUCCUUUGUUAACCCUUACCUGCCUGUGGACCCUGCUACUGAAGUGAAGGCAGACACCUCCCAGAAGGCCUCAGAGGAGGUGGAGUCCGCCGCCGGUCUGGGUCCGGACCUCACAGCUUCUGUAGAAACUACCUACAGCGAGAAGAGCUCCUCUUCUGCCGGUUCCACCUCUUCCUCCGACCAGCCAAUCUACUUCCGGGAGUUCCGAUUCACCUCUGAAGUGCCUAUCUGGCUGGACUAUCAAGGCAAACAUGUCGUCAUUGAACAGGGAACGUUUGCAGGGAUUCUGAUCGGUCUGGCCCAACUAAACUGUUCCGAGUUGAAGCUGAAGAGGCUGUGCUGUAGACACGGUCUCCUCGGAGUGGACAAAGUGAUCCAGUACGCCGUCACAGAGUGGCUGACGGACAUCAGGAAGAACCAGCUGCCGGGAAUUCUGGGAGGUGUCGGUCCCAUGCACUCAGUUGUCCAGCUGUUUCAUGGAGUGAGGGACCUGUUCUGGUUGCCCAUCGAGCAGUAUAGAAAGGAUGGACGCAUUAUUCGAGGUCUCCAGAGGGGGGCAGCAUCCUUCGGCACCUCCACAGCUUCAGCGGCUCUGGAGCUCAGCAACCGGCUGGUGCAGGCCAUACAGGCCACGGCAGAGACGGUGUACGACAUUCUGUCUCCAACGCCGCCUCUGAACCGCUUUGCCAUCACUGAGGGCCGGGCUCCCCCCAGCCGGCCCCGCAGAGCUGCUCAGCCCGCAGACCUCCGAGAAGGUGUGGCCAAGGCUUACGACACCGUCAGAGAGGGAGUGAUUGAUACGGCUCAGACCUUGUGCGAUGUGGCAUCCCGCGGCCACGAACAGAAAGGUCUGCCCGGCGCUGUGGGCGGCGUCCUGCGGCAGAUCCCGCCCACUGUGGUCCGACCGUUAAUAGUGGCCUCCGAGGCCACUUCCAAUCUGCUCGGCGGCAUGCGGAACCAGAUCAAACCCGACGCCCGCAAGGAGGAUUUCCUGAAGUGGCGCACAGACGAUGGUCAAGAAUAAUGAUGACCUUUUUUUUUCUGUGAGAAAGAGAGAGAGAGCGUGUGUGUCUGUGUGCGUGAGUAAUGAUUUAGAGACGUCUUAGUUAAGGGAGCGAAUCCAGGGUUUGAAUCUGCAUGUGUGGAUGGACUAAUGAGCUGCGAUGCAAAAACAAAGCACUGAGGAACGACUACUGCAGUUGUUUUACGAGGUUCUGUCCUACAGACUUCACCAGAUUCAAUGCUUUCUGUUUUGCAUUCAGGAUUCUUCCCCUCUUGUAAUACAGCAGUCUGCAGAUUCUAUAUAACGUCUGUGCAAACAUAUCACUGGCUUCAUUUCAGUCAAACCAAGGAUUGUGGGCACUUUGUGUACUCUGAAUUUGCUUGUUGAAAAUGUAUCAUAAUUGUAAGUAUGGAUUUCAGCUUUAUCUCAAAUCUGUGGACAGAAGUACAAGCAAGAGGAGUGUGAGCUUUCCUUCUUUCUCUGUAUUCUAAUUCACAUUCAUAACGGGUUUUGGGUGCCGUAUGUGAUGAAAUGACUUAUGAUGUGACUCAAGCAUUCGUCUAUUUGUUGUCCAGUGAAGCUGGAGAGACUUGGGACUUGGGAGAAUAUGUAAAUGAAGUGUCCUCUGCCAACCCCUCUGGAUGGAUUUCAAUCCAACCUCACGACACCUUGUCACUGGUACAGCUUUGUCCCACUGUGCACCUGCUGCUCGCAGCGCAGUCUUUCGUGCCAUAAACCCUGCCGAGUGCCCUUUUGAAUUUGCGUGUAUCGCCUUCCGCUACUGUACAAGUAUUCCACAUUCUGGCUCGAAUGGAUACAUACCCGAAGAAGUAUGCCGACUAAGUAGUGAUACAGAUUAGACGAAGCCUCUAAACUCUGUAGCACAUUGGAUCCUUUAAAGCUUUGCUGAGUUGGACGUCCAACGUCUGCAACUCACAGUAAAACAUCCAGAUGUCAGCCAGUGGUUCCUCUUGCAAUACAGCUCAUUUGUGCUUCUGUUUCCAUGAAGAGUUAGACUGGGAUCUGAAUGAACUCACUCUGUCUUCAGAAUCGCUUUGCCCUUUUCUAUAGUUGCCUUCCUGCAUUUUUUAUGUUUCUUUUUAUGUUUUUUAUUGUUAAAACAUGAAGUAUUGUCAUACUCGUUUUCAAAAUCAGCUUUGAGUGGAUGGGAAUCUUGUGAAAACGGAGGAUGAAAAAAUGGGUUUUGCAUUUUUAUCUAAUUAUUAUUGUGUGUGUGUGUGAGUGUGUGUGUGUGUGAGUGAGAGAUAGAGAAUGUUUGUGCGCGAGCACGGUGCUCGUCUGUGAGGGUGACAGGUUGAAGCCGGUUACAUCUCUUGUGUGUAAUUACUAUAUCAUAAACUGUAUGAAUGACUUGUAUAAUACAAAGAGGAUGAAUAUACAAAAUUAAUACAAAAAAUAAAAAAUCUGAUUCAUAAAAAUCUUUGCCUGAC